GUUGCGUGUGCGCGCGCGUAUACGUGCCGAUAUCGUCAUCAAUGCGGUUGUUGGCCGGCCGGACGACGCGCAGCGGCGCGCGCUAAGAGCCAUUACGUAAUAUUUAAUUGUAGUCACAAGACAGUACAAGCUCCGGCUCGUAAAGUGAGUCAGCUAGUGCUACCUUUCAACGUAGAUUGCGAAGAUGAGCAUUCAAACUCUAGCAGUUCUUGCCGUUGUUCUCGCUGGGUUCUGCGGGGGAGCCCAGUCUGCGGAAAAGGUCCAGCUCGGUUUCUACUCCGAGUCUUUGUGUCCAGACUGCAUCGACUUCGCUAAUGGCCCGCUGGAAAAAGCCAUGAACGAGAUUGGCAGUAUCUUCACACUCAACUACGUCCCUUGGGGUAACGCAAUCUUGAAAAAUGACGGAACGAUAGAAUGCCAACAUGGAAAACUGGAGUGCACUCUGAACACUGUUGAAGCAUGCACCCUCUACUACUACAAAACCGAGACAGAGUUUUGGCCAUUCCUUCACUGUCUGGACGAGAAGAUAGCCCCAACUCUGGAUGGCGCUCAGCAGUGCUUCAGUCAGCUAUCCUACAACUGGACAGCCGUCGAUGCCUGUCUCAACAGUGAACAAGGAUACAAGCUGGAUCUGAUGUACUACAAUGAGACCCAGGCUCUGAAACCACCACAUGAGUACACUCCAUGGAUCACAGUCAACGGGAAGCAUGACCCACGUGCAGAAGGAAGUGGACUCAUCAAAGCUAUCUGUGAGGCCUACACGGGAGAAGACAAACCUGAUGCCUGCUCUCAGAAGUGAUUUUAUACUAACUCUGAAAUGUCGGUCUAUUUUGUUGUUUUUUUGCGCAUGCGCAAACCGCAUCGCACGCGCUGUGUACGUGUGUUCAUGGAAAAGGGAGUUCUGACACUCGUAUGACUGAGCGAGCUGCAGGAUCCAAGCGAGUGUGGCUUUAGAGAUAUCGGAUUUACUAUAGUGAACUACAAAGACACGGGGAUCGGGGUAGAUCGAGUGUAGGUGGGGCUCAGCUGACAUUCCGCCCCCGCCCCACACGAACGAACGUUGACCGUUUCCGGCCGGCUCGAUAAUGAGCUCGUUGCGGCGCCCGAGAAGUAAGAUGGCGCUUCACGAAGUCAAGUUGUGCCUCUUGGGGGAGAGUGGAGUAGGGAAGACGUGCCUGGUGAACCGCUUCGUCUCGGACGUAUUUACAGAGAAUGAGAGUCUGACUGUCGGAGCUGCAUUCACCACAAAGACAGUCCGAGUCGGCGACAACUCCGUCUUGUUUCAAAUCUGGGACACUGCAGGACAAGAGAAGUACAGAGGCUUGGCUCCAAUGUACUACAGAGGUUCAGCAGCAGCUGUUGUAGUGUAUGACAUUACAGAUGAGAAAUCGUUCAAUGAGAUGCAGACGUGGAUCACAGAGCUGAAGCAGCUGGGGCCCCAGAACAUUGUGCUGGCAAUCACUGGAAACAAGAGUGAUUUAGAGGAGAAAAGAAAGGUGUCCAGAGCCACUGGCGAAGCGUUUGCUAAGAAUUCCAACGCACUCUUCAUGGAAACUAGUGCAAAGGACGGAAGCAAUGUCCACGACCUCUUCAGAGCAAUAGCUGAAACCCUACCCCUUGACCAAAUAGCUAUCAGCAACAAAAUAGGAACUCUCAAACUCGGCCAGUCAAACGGAAGAACAAAGAGAGGCUGUUGUUCAUAACUGAUUGUCGUGCUUGUCGUUUUUCCUCUUUUUUAUUCAGUAUCAAUACAGAUUGAUUUGACGUGCUCUUCAUACACAAAAUAACCACACAUGAUAAUUAUUUUUACAAAUAUAUACGUAGAAAUAUUAUUAAGCAGGCAGAUAUGAAUUACAACGGUGAAAUGUGGGUUUGGUGGUGGUGCAUAUCAUAAUAAACGGUGCUGAAUAUGAAAUUGUCACCGGGUGUAGAGGAAGUACACGCAAUACCCCACCAUGACGGCAAACCCUAGGACAAGCCAGGGAACAGAGAGGUGGUGGGACGAUGUCGCUGCGCCUGCUGUCUUCUCCAGCUGCUCCUGGUGACUCCGGUCCUUUGUCUUCAUGGAGCUGAGUCGACUCGCCACUCGCUCCCUUCGCUCCUCCCGCUGGGAUCGACGCCGCAGCUCUGACGUUGAGAUUUGCUGGUUUCCCUGUGCCGUGGGGUGUGUCUUGCUUCGUCUCUCCUGAUCAGCAAUGAGACUAGAGAUCUCGUUCAGCUCCGACAUCAGAGCCGCCUCGUCGACCUCCGGACCCCGUUUCCGUGACAACUUGGCUGGGACCUGUGGCGGAACUUCGUCUUCGUUUCCUCCUCCUCCCCCUCGGACGUUUGCGGGCAGGUGGGCGGAGCCAUGAUAAAGAGGAGGAGACUGAGUGACAGCGUCUCCUCUUCCUGGCCCUAAAAAAUGACCGGUCGCCGUAGUCAUCAUUCUCCCGUUCAGGAGUUCUUCUCUGGCUGCAUUCAUUCCAGAGACACCGGGUUUAGUUUCCGGCGACAGGCUUUUCCCUCGUGGCGGGAUUGGAGGGGCCUCCUCCUCUUCCUCCUCCUCCACCUCCUCGUCUUUUCUCUCGCUGUCCGAGCCACUCACCUCUCCGUUCUCGUAGCCGUGAGGGACCUGGGGGUAGGGUUCGUCUUCUUCCUGGGAGUCCAGUGAUUGGAAGGGUUCUCUCUGAUCAUGGUAGUGGACCUCCGGAGGACCUGAGUACAUCUCACAUCACUAAACACCGCAAUAUCCGUGCUAU